GGUUUCCCCCUUCCCUCUUUGCUUAGCUCCGAGGGAGUGCCGCAUCUGUGGAGGACUUGCCAUGUUCGAGUGCAGAGAGUGCUAUGAUGACCCCGACAUCACAGCAGGGAAGAUCAAGCAGUUCUGUAAGACCUGCUGCACUCAGGUUCACCUUCAUCCCAAGAGGAUGAAUCAUACAUAUCACCCAGUAUCACUUCCCAAAGACUUGCCUGACUGGGACUGGAGACACGGCUGCAUCCCCUCUCAGAAGAUGGAGUUGUUUGCUGUUCUCUGCAUAGAAACGAGCCACUAUGUUGCCUUUGUGAAGUAUGGGAAGGAUGAUUCUGCCUGGCUCUUCUUUGACAGCAUGGCUGAUCGGGAUGGGGGUCAGAAUGGCUUUAACAUUCCACAAGUGACACCCUGCCCUGAAGUGGGAGAGUACUUGAAGAUGUCUCUGGAGGAAUUGCACUCCUUGGAUUCCAGAAGGAUUCAAGGCUGUGCACGCAGACUUCUUUGUGAUGCGUACAUGUGCAUGUACCAGAGUCCAACCAUGAGCUUGUACAAAUAAUAGGUCAUCUGAAAUGGGCAGAGGCCAAGCACAAAGCUUACCACCAUGUUUCUUCCAUCUGGCAGUUUAGGCCAACACCCAUUGCCGGCAAUGGGUGUCUUUUGUGUUGAUGGCCCUUCAGCAAAGGAUUCUUGUGUUUUUAAACAAAUUACUUUUGUGUUCUUGAAGUAUUUAAUAAGCAUUUUGCACUCUAGGAUGUAUAUUUGUGUUGGUUUUUUAAGAAGUUUAAAUGAAGUUUAGUUUAAAUGAAGUUAAGUUUAGUUUAAGUUUAUUGAGUUUAUUGCAUUGAUAACAUAUUUUUGAAAACAUACAAUUUUAAUUGUGACGUCCAAAAUGUCUUUUAGUCCAUUGAGGAUGUAAGAAAAUAUUUCUUCUUAUGGACCAAGUAUAUUAAAUCAUUUUUCUUUUGUAGCCUUGAGGAAGAAAUAAUAUGGUUUUAUUAAGAUUCUACCUUUCCUCCAGCUAUUGAAGGUGUGCUGAGUUUGUUAAUUUUUCCUAUAAAGUGCUGAUUUCCUGCAUGUCUGUAUUUUGCCGAGUUUCUGUGUUCCUGCAGCAGUGGUCAGAACAUGCUAAAAUUCCUUUCAUGGUGUUAUUUUCUGUUUGUUCUGGUUAAUAACUUAGUUAUAAAAUGUCCAUUUUUAAUGUCAACUUGGAAGAUUAGGGUACGGAACAAUUAGAACAUCUCAGUUAUAACAACUGUCACCAGGCAGGUUUCCUAUAGGAGCUCUUAAGUAUUUAUGGAGCAAAGCACGGUGACUUAUGAAAUGACUAGAGUGGUAAUAGAUAAUGUAUUCUUAUACAGAUCACAGUACAGAGAAAAUAAAGUUGGCUUAGAGAUAUUCCUACCAUUUUCCUGACGAGAUCUAUUAGGUUUGAAGGCUUCAAAAACACCUUCUCUCUGUGUUACUGUGGAUCAAACAAUGCUGUUGUCUGUAGCAGUCAUUCUAUGUAAGUGUGAAUAAGUGGACAUGGACUCCGUGUUUAUCUGUGUUUACACAUGAACGUCUAGAUUAAGUACAUUUGGUCUGUGGACCUCAGUGCUCUAUUCCUAGAGGGAUUAGCAGUCUUUGGAAUGUGCAUAAAUGUUGGAGGGUAUUUGAUGGUACUUACUUGGAUAUUUCCUUCCACCCUAUUUCUAUAGAAAUAGAGGCUCUGGGAGCCAAACAAAUAGACAAAAUUCUCAUGUUGAAGUGGAAAAAAAUUACUGAAUUGAUUUCUCGCUACUACUUAAUAAUGUAAACAUUUAACUUCUGGGAAGAUUUUGCCUGCACCCCCAUACUACCAGAUGACAGGUCGUCAUGUCCCCAGUAGGCUAUCCUUCUCAGAGCAGGUAGGUCAUGAGACCUCUGUUUAAAAACAAGACUGCCCUCCUUGGGCUUGGUGAUUCCAGCACCACCCCCAGUUCUUCAUCGGGGAGAUAGUUGUUUAGUGUCCUAAUGCAGCUGGGAUAGGUGGAGAAGAGGAUGUAAUGGCUAGUGAGCAGAAAGGGACCUGAGGAGGCCGUGAACCACCUGUCCCAGCAGAGGACAGGACUUGUGUGAAGGCAAACUUCUGUGGCUUUGGGCCUUGGUCCUCUAAUCAAUGAUGUCAAAGUGACUUCCUGGCAAGGAAUUAGGCUCCUGUGUGAGCUUCUGUCGGUUGUCUCAUUAGGUGGUGGACUGGCUGGAGUUGUUGAGGGUCUUUGCUUUGUCUUAUUCUAAAUCCUAAAGGAUUUCUCUUGGGUCCAAAUGCGGUGACAAACUGAGCAGCAGAGAUGGCCAGGAGUAGUGAAUAGUAUGAACAUUGGGGGUAAACCCUUGCUGGUGGGUGGGCCUGGCAGUGCUGACAGUUUUUUGCCAUCAUAUUUUAGUUCUCAUUUUCUUCCUAAUAGAUUUAAGGAAGAAGGGCUAUUGAUGUAGGGAUUAUCCUUCCAGGCACCAUUGGCCUCUGCACAGUUCUCUUGUGCUUUUAAAUAUUGUUGAUGUUCACUAGUUAUUUAUUCUAAGGGGAUUUUGCUGGAGACACAACUGUCUUUGGUUUUAUAUUAUGAAAUAGCCUUGUACUGUGGAAUGUUAACUCUGGAGAGUCGCCCUCAUACUCGAAGUAUUCAUUAAAAAAAUCCCACGGAUACUCCCUGGGGGUGUGUGGUUAUUAUUAUCAGGUUGACCCAAAGGAACACAUUUUGUAUUCCAUUUCCUUUACUGGUAUCUUGUUAAAAAAAUUUGCCUGAAGAAUAUUCUUUUGUUCAUGAAAACAUGAAUAACAUUGUAUAAAACAGUCCCUUUCUGUCAGAAUGCUCCAAUGUAGCCUUAAUUUUGUUAAACUUAGAGACAAAUGAAGUGCUGCUGUGGAAAGAAAUGUACUAUGUACUAUUUCUGUAUCAUUAAAAUGCAGUUUUUAUGGCUC